AUGUCUCUUGUUUCCACGAUUCGUGAUACCCUUUAUGGGGUUACCUCUUGCUGUUUUCCAAAUCCCACUCUUUAUAUUAAUCGACGUACUUUCAAGGUGAUUCAGUUACUUGGAGAAGGAGGUUUUUCGUUCGUAUAUCUAGUAAAAGAUGUUAGUACAGGUCGACAUUUUGCGCUAAAAAAAAUUCGAUGUCCCGCUGAGAGUGGAGCCGUUAAAGAUGCGAUGAAAGAAGUGGAGAUGUACAAAUUGUUUCAGCAUGAGAAUAUAAUUAAAGUUAUUGACACAUGCGUCGUUCAAGAUAAAGACGGAAAAGUAAUAUAUAUUUUUCUUCCAUAUUACAAGCGCGGUAACUUGCAAGAUGCCAUCAGCAAAAAUCUAAUAGAUAACACCCACUUUGAAGAAAGAGAUAUGUUAAAACUAUUCCGUCAGAUUUGCUACGCUGUGCGUGCUCUUCACACUUAUCAAUUACCAUCAGUUCCCAUGCGUUCCAAUCACCCUCUUUCUACUAAUACAACAUCAACAAUAACAUCAGAAAAUGAAAAUAAUGAGCAACAAGAAGAAAACGGCAGGACUAUUGUCCCUUUUGCGCAUCGUGAUAUUAAACCUGGUAAUGUGUUAAUAUCGGACGAUGGAGAAACAGCGAUAUUAAUGGACUUUGGAUCAUUAGUUCGUGCGCGCAUAAAGGUUCAAAGUCGUCCGCAAGCCAUGUUACAACAAGAUAUGGCUGCAACCCAUUCCACAAUGCCUUAUAGGGCUCCAGAAUUAUUUGAGGUUCAGACGAAUGCUAUGCUCACCGAGAAAGUUGAUAUAUGGUCGUUGGGAUGUACGCUUUAUGCUAUGGCAUAUGGAAAAUCACCAUUUGAGACAAGUAUUACUGAACAGGGUGGCUCGAUAAAACUAGCGGUACUUAAUAGUCAAUUCCGGUUUCCAGAAACAGAACGAGAAUUAUACUCCCAACAAUUUCAAGAUCUCAUUUCCUUUAUGUUAGUUGUCGAUCCUAACGAACGUCCUGAUAUUCAUCAGGUGAUUGCAAAAAUAGACAAAAUAUUAGAAGAGAUCAACUCAAAUAAAAAUAAUAUUAUUACGAUGGCAGCAAAUAGCGCAUCAUCAAGACAAUCGUCUGAUUCAAAAAUACAUAGUGUAGACGAACAACGUCGUUCAGGGCAUUCUGACGAUGGCGACCUCAAAACAUACGACAAUAAAAAAGAUUAUAAAGCUACUAUACACGAAGAAGGAAAGAUGUUCAUAGGAGGUCUUAAUUGGGAAACCACUGAUGAGAGCCUAAAAUCACACUUUUCACAAUUCGGUGAAGUUACGGAUGUCAUAGUUAUGCGAGAUCCAAACACGGGACGAUCUAGAGGUUUUGGAUUUCUCACUUUUGUUGAUCCAUCCGUUGUCAACACCGUAUUAGUGAAAGAACAUCAAUUGGAUGGUAAAAUUAUUGAUCCUAAACGUGCAAUCCCACGUGAGGAACAGGAAAAAACCGAAAAAAUAUUCGUCGGUGGAAUCGCUCCAGAAGUCACAGAAGAGGAAUUUAAAGAAUACUUCAUGCAAUUUGGUAAUGUUAUCGAUGCCACGUUGAUGGUUGAUCGAGAAACCGGAAGACCUCGUGGAUUCGGAUUUAUUACAUUUGAUUCAUCGGAACCUGUCGAGAAAGCGAUGGCGCGAGAUGACUUAGAAAUCCAGAAUAAGCCGGUGGAAGUGAAACGUGCCAUGCCGAAACAUAAGUCGCAGCGAAUGCAAUUAUAUAACCAACCGAGUUUUAGUGGAUCAUCAGGGCCACAAGCAUCAGCUGCCGCACUUUCUGUUAUGCCACCUUCAGCAGGAUCGACCUCUCGAUAUGGACAAAGUUAUGGUGCCGCAGCUGGUAAAGACGGUGGGAUGGGAUAUUCAGGAAUGGGCUAUACCGCUGGUUCAUAUCCAAAUUACGCAGGUUAUGGACAAUAUUCCGGCUAUAAUUAUGCAUCUAACUAUCCUGCUGGAUAUUCUGGAUAUGCGAAUUCAUAUGGUCAAUAUGGAGGAGGAUAUGGAAGUAGUGGUUCGGGCAGUCGAGGUGGUGGCUCAUAUAACCAAUGGUACCGAGGAAGCGAUACUGGUUAUGGAUCAGGCGGAGCAUCAUCAACAGGUGGAGCAUCACCAUUAGGCGGCGGUCCAUCAUCGAGUGCAAGUAGAAUAGUCGGGGGAGGUGGAAGUUAUCACCGUGGUUCACCAAGUCGAGAUGCUGAAGGUGGAUAUGGAAGUCGAGGUGACCAUCAUUAUCAAGGACCUGCACUUUACAAUCGUGGAAGUUCUCGGACAAGUGGUCCAGUGCGUUCCUCUUAUUCCAGUGGAAUGCAAUCGAACAACAACGGAGGACCAUUACAUAGUAGUGCUCAGGUCCGAGGACAACACAAUUAUCAUCCGUAUGCACGAUAA